UUCAUUCGGAGUGGACAAAAUGGCGGCAUCGGGACACACUGCGCUAAAUGAUCGAGAAUUACGGACAGAAUUGAAGCGCUUAGGCUUCAAUGCUGGACCGGUUACCGACACCACUCGGAAAGUUUAUUUCAAGAAACUAAGCAAGCUCCAAGCUGAGGAGAAAUUGAAGGUGAAAUUGCCAACGCCGGCCGUUCCAGGGCGUAAAUUACUCGGGUUCAGUUCCGACGAAAGUGAUGGUGAAUCAGCGGGCAACAGGAGGCGCUCCACGCCGGUCCCAAGCAAAGGUUUACGGCGACGAAGCUUGAAAGUCCGGGCUCAAACGCCUCACAAUGGGACGGCCGAUGACCACGGAGAUACACCUGCAAAGUCAACAAAGCUUCCCUCGGAAGGUUCACGGUUGAAUUCCAGUUCCAAAUCGAAGAGAUAUUCGACAGGUAUGUUGCCAAGUGCAGGUCCUUCAAUUGACCGAACUGUCCACGGGAAUAAAUCGAGAGCGCGCGCCAGCUUAUUGGCUGGCCGGGAUGCAGUGUCUAAAUCCAGGGUUGUGCCAACUCCAAGCAAAGGUGAAUUUUCGGACUCUGAUGUGGAUGAAAAGGAUAAUAAAGAAGAAGAAGAUGAAGAUAAUAAUGAUGAGUUAACCGAGCCUCAAAUGACUGAGGCUUCGACAAAUUCAUCAAAUUCAAAGUACGACGUAAGAAACAGAAAUUCAAGAGGCAGGAUGAAUGAAACGUACACAAAAGACCAUGUUAAUUCAGAGGCAAGCGAUUUAUCAUCGACUGGUAACAAGACUUCCGGACUCUGGUGGUCCUCAACAGCUAAACCUUCUCCUCGGCAAAGCCUCCCGAAAUCAUUAACCCCAAGAACUAGCACCCCGCGCAAAUCCAAUCGUUUGCGUCUGUCAGAUGCCUACGAUGACGAGGUGGACACAAGUCAACUAAACGAUAACGCAGCCCGAAACAACAACAGUAAUACUCUUGCCCCAGCAUCAAGAAAUAACCUCAACUCCUCCAGAAACCCAAACCUCAAUCAAAGCAAAUCAAGUUUCAGCAGCAAAGUAAACAAUGUGUCCCUUCCACGAUCCACCAGUUCAAGCUUCCUGAACUCUAAAUCCAACCACACACCAAGAAGUCACCCCUAUGCCUAUCAGCAGCCGGACAGAUCAAAGUCGUCAACGAGCAACCCUCGCAACUCUGACCUACCUGAAAGAGAGGAGAACCUCUACGAAGAGUUUGCCACGGAGGACCACUCAGCCUCCAGCCUUGGCUCCAGGAUUGGUCACCAUGUCCCAAUGAUCUUGCUGUCGUGUGCCUUUCUUUUCUUUGUAGUUUUGGGGAUGGUUUACAUGAAUGUUGGCACCGAAAAUCUAGAGGAUUCAAGACACUUCUACAUCGCUGAUGGAAGCAGCAACUUUGGGAACACAGAAGAAAUGGACCAUAUUGAGGCCAUGAAGAUUGUGCAGGCUUUGUAUGUGAAGUUAUCUGAUCUUGCAGGAAAGUACGAGUGUAAAGCGCCUGAUGUCACAAGCAACAAUAUGACAUUUGAUGAAGCAAAGUUGUUUCUCAAGUUUGAAUUUCGGAGUGAGAUUAAGGAACAGACAUUCUGGAUGGACCGCCACUUUGAGGGUGCUCUUCAAAAGAUUGUUAACAACACCCAGUGGGGUCUCAGGUUAUACAACUCUAAGAAAGAGCCUCUGACGGUAGAAGAGGGCAACCUAAAGAAGUUGACUGAACAGACCAUCUGGUUGGAGUCAUUGCAACCCCAGAUGUCUUGGCUGUGUAGGGUGCAACGAUCAGCAGUGUUGGUCAUCUUUAGGCUGGUCGUGUUUGCUUUAGUGGUGCUGGUGUUGUGGCUGGUGUACAAGUACACAAUGUAUCGCAUAAAGCGAGACAGGGAAGAGAAGCAACGAAUGCUUGAACUCGUGGAUGAAAUUAAUGAGAUGUUGAGAAGUCAUCAAAUGGCCUACAACAAGGACAAGAGCUUGUCUCCGUACCUAGCACUACCACAUGUCCGAGAUACCCUCAUACCGCUUAAACACAGACGAGAGAAGCAGCGACUCUGGGACAAGGCCGUCCUUUUUAUCAACACCCACGAGUCACGUGUACGGAUGGAGACACAGCAAAUUGCCGGGGAAGAGUUUCUAGUCUGGAGAUGGCUUCUACCGUCCCUGGUGGUCGCCUCGUUCACUCCAAUGACCGAACUGGAGCUGAACCCCAACAGAGUGAAAGUGUGGCAAGGCACAGCGUUUGACAAUUUGGACACAGCCAUCAAGACACCUCGCUACACCCCAACGCCAUGUCUCAAGAUCAGGAACAUGUUUGAUCCAACACUGGAGGCAGAUGGUGACUGGCAUGUGACAAUAGAGGAUGCUAUACUGGAACGAUGCGCCGACAAUGACGGUAUUGUUCACGUCGCUGUGGAUAGAACCUCCAGAGAGGGCUGUGUGUAUGUGAAAUGUGCCACACCGGACAGUGCAGGCCGAGCUUACAGAGCACUACAGGGAAGCUGGUUUGAUGGGAAACUGGUGACCGUGAAGUACCUUAGAUUAGACCGUUAUCAUCAGCGCUUCCCGUAUGCAGUCAACUACAAUGCACCACUGAGGCCUUCCAAUAACCUCAAGAAAUCCCUCUCUCAUCCCGGCCAAUCAUCCUCUCUGGAAUCAUCGUAGGUUCAAAGGUCAAGUCAGUUGGGCUCCUUCCCCACCCCCAGGCCAUCGGUCAUUGUUUUCAAAUUGCCGCCGUGCCUGGUGGUGGAAACUGUAGUCAAUUUAAUUUGGCAGACAGUCUGAUCUCUUUAUGUUCUUUGCUCUGGGUGCGGACUUGGUGCUCGACCUCAGAUAAUUGUAGAUUAUACCCUCUGGUUAUUGGUACCGAUUAAUAUGUACAUAUACAUGUAUCAAAGUUUCGUUUUGUUGUUGAUGUGUUUUUUGGGGGAUGGGGGUGGGGUGGGGGAGUAUAUCAUCAAGACGGGAAACCAGUUCCUUGGUGCUGGUUAUCAUUAUGCUACUUCAAUAGGAGACUUUUGAGACGCUGGCGGCAGCAGAUAUAACAGUCUUUUUUGUUGCGGUUCUGAGCGAGGGCGCACAUGCUAUUGGAUUGUGCACAUUGGUCUGAGCCAGCACUACUGGUGAAAACGGAAAAAGGACCGUCCAAAAGUCUCCAAGUGACAAUGUGUACCGAGUGACUCAUGUUUGAAGAUUGCUGUUCAAUAAAACAGCAGCUCAUUGCAGACUACUCUCAGAACACAUUUCACUGCUUGACCCCCUCUUUGUGUGGAUCAUUGUAUUCUACUUUUAAAAACCUCUUUCUAACCAUAUGCAUUUUAUAACAAACGGUUACAAACGCUUUGUAUAGACCAACUCGUCCGAUCCAAGGCAAUGUGUUCCUUUAAGAACCAACAGCAGACAACUAUGCCAAGGCCAAGUUUGCGCAAGGUCUAUUGUCAACUAUAGUUUGACAAAGUUUGUCCAAACUCUUUCCAGUCAAUGAUAGUUGGUCUUCGCUUUGACUAUUUGGAACCAACCUAUCGGGCAUAGUCCCAACGCUGGUUACCAAUAGCCAGUUUAAUAUAAUAGCACAGGGUAGAGGGCACCAGUUAUAAGAAAAUGAUAACAAGCGUUAAGGUGCCAGUCGCCCUGAGAUGACAUGGCGGAAAUGACUCGCACUUUAUUCAACGUCUGUGCGCAUGCCCUCCAUCACAUAACAGCCACUUGUUAACCAUCGAUCAUUGCACGAACUUGACCCUAGCUGAAUUUUUGAAGUUUGGCAUAAACCUGAGGAACAAUAGUGCCAUAAGCGCUUUGGCUUGGGGCUCCAACCAUGGUUUUUCUGAAAAAGAAAGAUAAAAAGGGCACACAUUGGGUCAGUUCCCUGGAAAUUGCUUUCAGUGCUCUUAAAAAGACUACUUGGCGGAACUAUAGAUCUUUGUGGGUGCAUUUACUGCUGUUGAAUAAGAAACUUACUUAUAAAUAUUAAACUGUACAGUUUUGUUUUUGAUUUUCUCUUUUCUUUUAUUAAAGAAAAAAGUUGAAAAGUACUGGUCGUAAUGUUUACGUAGAAUGUACAAAGACGGAAAUUAGUUGGUUAUAUGGAAGGUACAGAUUUACAGAAAGAAGUAAACAGUGAUUGUAAGGUUGCAAUUGCUGUAGGUUUGGACUUUUGGGGCGGAAAACAGUUCUUAAGAAGAGAAUAAGUUCUGUUAUUGGAAACUGCAAAGACUGUGUAUGAAACGCCUAUCCCCAAUUUGAGUUGUGUGUAACGUAUCUCAAGCAUAGAGGUCUUUAAUCACCCUGCAACAAUCAUGGUCUUAUCCUCAGUACAAUUAUAUUAUGUUGCUGCCAUCUUGGUCACGUUCCAAUUCAUUGUAUAUAAGGGAACCUGACUAUUUCUCCUUCCAGCCUCGGUUUGGCUACAUUGAUUUGAAUGGGAAAACAUCAAUUUCUGGUGCAGUCUUGAAUGGCAGAUGAACCUUGAAUGGUAGCUGUUUUCCUCCGACAGCAUUUCUCAUUUAGUAUCCCUUCUGAUCUGAUGUCCCAGCACAUGGUACCAGUAAAGGACGCAGAGCUGCAGGCUCUCCCUUACUCUACAGCCUGAUCCAACAUUUCCCUGAUUAUAAUAACUUUUCCCCUAGUUUGUUGAAGGUAAUUCAACGUUUCUAUCGGAUUGCAAGAUUCAAAGGUUGGUUGCUGUGAGAGGCUUUUUCCCUUCCAGUGUUGCCUUUUAAACCGGUAUGGGACUCACAGUUUGAAGGGACGAUUGUGGCUUAUAGCAAAAGCAUCUUGAUAGCCUAUGUGUUACCCAAGAUCUGCAUUAAGGAUUGGUCCAUGAUUGACGCAAGAUUCAAAGGUUGGUCGCUGUGAGAGGCUUUUCCCCUCCAGUAUUGCCUUUAAACCGGUAUGGACUCACAGUUUGAAGGGACGAUUGUGGCUUAUAGCAAAAGCAUCUUGAUAGCCCAUGCGUUACCCAAGAUCUGCAUUAAGGAUUGGUCCAUGAUUGACGCAAGAUUCAAAGGUUGGUCGCUGUGAGAGGCUUUCCCCUUCCAGUGUUGCCUUUAAACAGGUAUGGGACUCACAGUUAAAAGGGAUGAUUCAAGUGGUUUGUAGCAAGAACAUCUUGAUAGCCCAUGCGUUACCCAAGAUCUGCAUUAAGGAUUGGUCCAUGAUUGACGCAAGAUUCAAAGGUUGGUCGCUGUGAGAGGCUUUUCCCUUCCAGUGUUGCCUUUAAACAGGUAUGGGACUCACAGUUAAAAGGGAUGAUUCAAGUGGUUUGUAGCAAGAACAUCUUGAUAGCCUAUGCGUUACCCAAGAUCUGCAGUAAGGAUUGGUCCAUGAUGCUGAUGUAGCUCACUGAGAAAUUAGUCUCUUUGUUUUGUUGUGUGGGGAUACUCUGUAUUGUAGAUAACACAGAUAUUAACCUCUACCUCUGAAUGUAGGUGGUCUUCCUUGGAAGUUGUGCGCCACCUGUAAGGAAGGGCAUUGAUAUUUCCUCGGUAAAGUCGGGGAGCGGGGCAGAAAUGGCCGACUAAAUUUCCGUCUGUACUUCUGCACUCUUUACAUGUAAUCAAAAGACUGAAAUACAGUCCUGUAUAAUUGUGUACAUAGCAUUUUUAGUGGAUAUAACGUAGUAUUCUUCUGGAAUCAGUAGUGUAACUAGAGUCUGUGUACAGGAUUCUUUAGGAAGUCCUCCUUGCAGAGGUUCGGGUGGAAUCUUGAAAACCACCCACUUUUGUUGAAUAUUCAAUUUAGUUGUACACUUAGUUGAUUAACUCAUUCUAGAAUUAUGUUAUUCUGUUAUUAUUAUUUUUUUGUCUGGAGAAAAUGCAUUGUAACGUGUUAAUUUUUUGAUAGGUUGUCUCAUUUGAGAUUUUUUUCUCUCCAUUAUGUUAUCUCCAAAAGCAGUGCUCAUUUUCUCUGAUAUUACUGGAAGACUUGUUAUAGCGCCCUCGUGCUGAUAGCAAGUGGAACAAGUGAUGAAUUCAAUUCUAUUUGUGCAGCAAUGUUUUCUAAAGUAAUUGGAACUGAAUGGCGUUUGCAAUGAAAUGAUCAGUUGUAGUAGAACGACUAGACAUUUCUCUGAAUAAUGGCAUUAAAUUUGAAUUCUUUAUCUCAUAUCAACUCAAUUUACUUAUUGACUUUGUAUGAAUUACAGCAACGAUCACUUUUUGCCCUUUUCAGUCAAGUAGGUCUUUAAACAUUCUAUGGACCCCAGAACAAAAUUUCCAAGAGCCAAAUUCCAUAAUGAUAUUCGCAUUCAUAGCUGACAAGUUUUGGACAUUUUAGACUUUAAUCAGUCUCUUCCCUGCGAUUGGAUGUUGAAAGCCAAACUGUGGAUGUGGAGGUGGGCGGGGGAAGUCUGGAGGGGGGGGGGGUAAUCACGGUGUAAAGCUUGCCAACUGGGUGUCAAAUAAAGUUCAUUCCAUGAUGGUACUAGCUGAAAUGUUUAAGAUGGUAAAAUUUUGCAACUGCUUGUCAACAUGGAAGGAAGCGCGGAGUUUAUGCCCUCAAAAAUGUUAAGCUCACACACCUGAAAUUAGUGAAUUUAUUCUUGACAGAGUGAUUGUGGUACAUUAUAGCAUGGCUAGGUUUAAAUACUAAACAUUUAAUGAAGUGGUAAAACCACUUGGGUUUUGUAUGUAUUUUGGAUGGUUUUAAACUAUUGUAUUUGUUUGGUGAAAGCUUAUUUUGUUCAGGGACGCAGAUCCCCAAGGGGACUUUUUGAUAAUAUUUAAAUAAGUGUUUCUUUGGUUUGAGGAUAGUUAGAAGAUAAAUGCAUGGAUAGGUUUUUUUCCACCACAAUAACUGGCGGUCAGUUUAACUGAUUAAUUUUUUGAAAAUUUUGCUGGGUGGUGAUGAUGAAAACAGUCGUUGAAUUCAGAUCCUUGCCGUGGUUUCAAAACGGGCGACUGAACUGUCACGACUGUUUAAUGACUGUCAACGUGAACCCCACCUUGAUCCCAUUCACGUUGGAAUGGUGUACAUAACUUGAAGUAUUACAAUUUAAAUAUGACACGUAUCACAGUGUGUUUGGUAAAGUUAGCCCAGCACUUGUUUGUUUUUGUUUAUAAACUUAAAAGAUGAAUUGUCAUGUGUUUAAAACUGUUUACGGUACUGUAUUUAUAUUUACUACUAAUAAAUCAAAUACAUUUAGUAUUAAUAAAUAA